UCCAGGUCCCCCAGUCCUCACAAGUCAGGAAUAAGUAGCCUGGGAGAAGAUUAAAAAUCGGGCUAGAAGCACCUGCCACCCCAAAACCGAGUCAGACAAAGCUGAUGUCUCCGGAGAGGAUGGAAUUCUCAAGGGCAGGCGUUGCCAGGGGACCGGAGCGGUGAUGGCAACGCACCCGAGUUCCAAGGCCCGGAGAAUUUCCUAACCGCCCGCGGCGGUUAAAUGCUGGGCUGUGGUGGGAGGCGGAGAAAUCCAGGCGGGGAUUAGCGCGGCCACACCCGAGGUCCCGCCAGCAGCUGCUUUUGCUUUCGUUUCUCAGGAUCCUGGGUCUGUAGUCACCCACAGUUUCGUUUCCGAGGCGUGGCAGAGGACGCGGCCCGGCACACCAAUGGCCUUAGUGAGCCGUCCUCGAGCCCCACUGUGGCUUGGGCGACUGUCGCGGCGGCUGUGCGAGCGGCACCGGGCCUGCUCAGGAACCAUGGUUCGGCCGCGGCGCUUCGCUGUGGAAAUGCCGGAUUGCUCCCUGACUCACUUCGUCCUAGGGGACACGGCGGGCCAUACGGACCCACGCCUGGCAGCCUUGCUCGGGCCCCCGGGGCGCAGCUACGCGCUGUGGGUGCCACUGGCCUCGGGCACAGGCUGCGGGCCCCGGGUGCAGGCGGCCCGGAUGCACCAGCGCCUGCUGCUGCAGCUGCGCCGGGGCCCUUUGCAGCGCUGCCAGCUGAACAAGCUCUUGGGCUACGGUCCCGGCGACCAGGACGGUGAAGCCCAGCAUGGUUUCCUGCUGCGCGACCCUGGCGACCACCCGGACACUCGCAGCGCCUUGCUGCAGCUUCUGGGCUCCUGCCAGGAGGAGGCGCACCCUCAGUUGGCGGAGUUCCAGGCGGACUCUCAGGGUUUGCUGUGGCAGCGCUUGUGGGAGCUGCAGGGAGACAGGCAGGUGCAGGUGGACCGCGCAUGCGUCCUUCCGGCUCCGGAGCCUCAUCUGCACCCAUUGCUGCCUGAUCUGCUCAACUCUGCGGUUUUCCAAGACCGGGAUGCAGCACGGGCGGUACUGGAGGAGUGCACAUCCUUUAUUCCUGAAGCACAGGCAGUGCUUGACCUGGUUGACCAAUGCCCAAGGGAGAUCCAGAAAGGGAAGUUCCAGGUCAUUGCCAUUGAAGGACUGGAUGCCACUGGUAAAAGCACCGUGACCCAGUCAGUGUCACAGUCUCUCAAUGCUGUCCUCUUACAGUCACCACCCCCCUGCAUUGGCCGGUGGAGGAAAAUCUUUGAUGAGGAACCUACUAUCAUUCGAAGGGCAUUUUACUCUUUGGGCAAUUAUCUUGUGGCUUCUGAAAUAGCCAAAGAAUCAGCCAAGUCCCCUGUUAUUGUAGACAGGUACUGGCAUAGCACAGCAACCUAUGCCAUAGCCACCGAGGUGAGUGGAGGCCCACAGCAUCUACCUCCUGCCCAACACCCUGUGUACCAGUGGCCAAGAGACCUGCUGAAGCCUGACCUGGUCCUGCUGCUCACAGUGAAUCCUGAAGAGAGAGUGAGGAGACUGCAGGGCCGGGGCCUAGAGAAAACUAAAGAAGAGGCUGAACUCGAGGCCAAUAAUGUGUUUCGUCAGAAGGUGGAAAUGACCUACCAGCGUAUGGAGAACCCGAGUUGCCACCUGGUUGAUGCCAGCCCCUCAAGAGAGACUGUGCUACAGAAAGUUUUGAAGCUGAUCCAGAGUACCGGUCAUUAACUGUAGGUCCUCUGGCCAUGUCGUACCUCAUUACAUCAAAAGAGAAGUUGUGUAAUGCACCUAAACCCAGCACUCAUCACACCACUUCUUAGAUUCAGGUGGCGCGAGCUUACUGAGGGGGAAAACUGGAGAAUGGGCGUUUUGCUUUAUUCCUGACUGACAGAACCAGCCAGCAGUUGCUGAUUAUUUUCUGCCUGGCCAUCUACCAUCUUCUUAGGAUAUAUUUUAACACUGUGAGCACCUAGAAAGAUCUUCUGAUCCAGUGGUGAGCCUACAGAGGUCUUCCUGCACCUGAAAGCUGAGGAUGUCAGAUGUGGCCCACAUUAACCAGUUGUGACGGUCUAGCCUUAUCUCCUUUCACCCCUAUUUGUCACAGAGCCUGGCUGUCCCAGGAUGUCCCCUUGGAGCCAUUUAGGAGUAGGGACACUUGCAAAGAAACCAUCGAUCUUGAUUCAGAGGCUAAGAGAACACCUUGGACAGUUCCCUGGAUGAGCACCUCAGACCUGCAUAGACACAGCAUACCAACCCUGCUGCUCUCCUGUGCUCGCCUGCAUUCCAUUUCACUCCUCUGAAAAAGCAGGAUGUGUUUUACUUUCCCGGCACACUGAUUUGUUUAUAUAUAUUGAUGUUUACAUCGUGUGUUUGCUCGCUGUAGGGGCUGUGAGUCACUAACCCAAACUGAGACCAAGGAGCUAAAUGCAGCAUUUGCUGUCUGUUUCCAUUCCACAAAUUUAAUUUAUCUUAAUAAACACCAUGAAUUCUGGAAAGAGAUUUCAGAGUAAAUUAUCUUGCACUUUGAAUGUCUUCUGAUUGCAUGUGAAGUCAGCUUGAAGGACUCUUUGGAUAGAGAAAUGAGCUGUGGAAGAGAAUCCUGGUGGUUCCGUAGCCUUGGCAAUCGUAUCGUGUUAACAGUUUGAUCUGAGAGGGGACAGACAGUUAGUGGGCCCGGGAGCAAAAACCCUCUAUACUAGUUACUUGGGAGGCUGAGAAAGGAAAAUUGAAUGUUCAAGGCCUUCCUGGGUAACAGCAUAUGUUCAGGGCUAGCCUGAGCAAUGUAGUGAGAACUUGUCUCAAGAUUAAAAUGUAUGAAGAGGACUGGAAGUAAAACUCUGUAGAACAUUGGACUGAAUAGUCUAUUCCCGGGUUCCAUUCCCAGUACCAUAAAAAUUAAAAAAUAUAUACAUAUAUGAACAAACAAUUAAACAAUAAAAGGAAUUAAGUAAUUUUUAGUCAUAAGUAGGUGGUUGAAUCAGAUUAUUAUUUAACAUUCCAAUUCCUCUCAUUUUGAUCCCACACUCCAUUUCUUAGGAAGACUCCAUCCCCAAGUCCAUGUAAAGCCUUAUCAGGUUUACCCUAAUCUUAAAUUAUAAUAAGAUUUAGUAUUAACAUAUCAGUAUUUUUUUCACUUUUGGAACUAUGUACAUCUUAUGUAUGUAUAACUUAUGUCUAUUUAUAUGAAUAUGUUGUUGGCUUCAGUAGAACAUAUUUUUAAAGCUGAUAAAUGACAUUAGGGCUCUCUGUACUAUGACAGUUACUUCCAUAAAGGGUUUUGUUCAAGCCUUUCUGAGAUGAUUGUGCCAGAGACACCCAGAAGGAAGUCUUAGUGCUCUCUUCAUGAAACCUGCCAGGAAAUAAACUUGCUGUGGUUUUCCUAACCCAAA